AGUAUGGGAAUUAAAUGUACCUAACAUUCAUAGACUUGGUCAAAGCAUUCAAUAUGGUACCAUGGGCAUGUUUGUGGGUGGAGCCAGAAGGCAGUAAGUAUCAAGGAAUCUCAUAGAAGGCAUAAAACGUUUCUAUAAAAAUUGCAGAGGUUGUGUAAGUUUGGGAAACUUAGUAUCGGGGGAAUUCAGGAUGGGGAUGGGUUUGAGACAGGGAGAUGUCCUCUCUCCCUAUCUGUUCAAUGUGCUAUGAGAUGGCGUUAUGAAGACCUGCAACCAGAGGCAAAUGAAGUUUGGUGUGGGUAAUUGGCGAAUGGAAAGGGUAAUUGCAUCGGAGCUUGCUUUUGCUGAUGAUCUCGUCCUCUUGACUAAGUCUGAAGAGAGUCUUAGUAACAACUUACAAAUAUGGCAGGAGGAGCUGCUGAAAAAGAACAUGCGAAUGAAUCUGGAUAAGACAAAAGUGAUGCAUGUAGCAAAAGAUCAGAGGCAGUUGGAGAUAUUCAUCGGGGAAAGACAGUUGGAGCAAGUAGUCCAUCAAGUACUUGGAAGCUACUAUUGCUUGUGAUGGAAGAAUGAAAAACGAAAUAAGCAAUAGAGCAGCAGCGGCAGGAAGGUUGUACUGGGCAUUAUCUAGAAAGUUCCUCAGCAAAAGGGAGGUGAGCCAGGCUACCAAAUUAGGGGUUUUCAGAUCUACAAAUGUUCCAAUCCUAACAUAUUCUUGCGAAACAUGGACGCUUUCUGAAAGAAGCCAGAGUCAGCUGCAGGCCCAAGAGAUGAGGUACUUGAGGAGGGUAGCGGGGAAAGCAAGAAGGGAUAGGAUAAGGAACCAAAACAUCAGAGACAGCCUGAAUUCCAAACCUCUGAAGCAAACGAUUGAAGCCGCACAGUUGAGGUGGCUGGGAUAUGAGAUGAGGAUGCCGACUGACAGACUGCCAAGGAGGGUCUGGGAGUGCAAGGUUGUGGGUGCUAGGGGGAGAGGAUGACCGAGGAAGAGAUGAGAGGAUGGUGUUUGAAAGAUGGUGGAAGAGAGAGAUGUGGAGUGAAGAGAAGUGAGAAGGAAGGUGCAGGAAAGAGAAAGAUGGAGGGCUCUCAUAAACCUCAACACUUGACGGUAAAAGAGGAUUGACCAAGUGGUAGAAUAGCCAAAGUAGUAUUAGUAAGGUUGGAGGAUUCAUUUGAAGGCUGCAUUCAACAGAAGUUAUGUCCAUACCAGAUGGCGACAGUUACUGUUAAAAAGGAGGAGGAGGAGGAGGAGGAGGAGGAUGAUAGCAGCCAACAGCCAGCUGCAGUGGAAGAUGAAUGCAGCCGACAGCAUUAUCUAAUCCCUGGCUACAACAUGAUCUUCAUCAAAGAGGAGGCAUAUGAUGAGCAAGAGACUGAAGGAAGUGCACUGAAGAGUGAACCAGAGAUGUGGCCUUCAAACUGCAGCACAUCUGGCCGAGACUAUGCAACAGAAGUGGGUGGACUGAAUAAGAAUGCAAUUUCUCCAGUGGAAAAGUGCACUGAUUCAUCUGUAGCUGGCAAAAAUACCAAGCUCUACAACUGUGCUCACUGUAGCUAUAAAACAUCAAGUUUCACUGAUUUGAAGAGACACAUUAGAAAACACACUGGGAAAAAACCUUUCAGAUGCGAGUUUUGUGACUUCAAAAGUGCUGUAAUAGGUAAUUUGAAAGCACAUAUCAGAACUCAUACAUCAGAGAAACCUUUCAGCUGCGAGUUUUGUGACUACAAAAGUGCUCAGUUAGGUCAUUUGAAAGCACAUAUUAGAACACAUACUGGAGAAAAACCUUUCAGCUGCAAUUUUUGUGACUACAGAAGUGCUAGGUUAGAUACUUUAAAAGAACAUAUCAAAACACAUACUGAAGAAAAACCUUUCAGCUGCGAUAUUUGUGACUACAAAAGCGCUAGGUUAGAUACUUUAAAAGAACAUAUCAAAACACAUACUGGGGAAAAACCUCUCAGCUGUGAUACUUGUGACUACAAAAGUGCUUGGUUAGGUAAUUUGAAAGCACAUGUCAGAACUCAUACAGCAGAAAAACCUUUCAGCUGCAAGUUUUGUGACUACAAAAGUGCUUGGUUAGGUAAUUUGAAAAAACAUAUCAAAACACAUACUGGAAAAAAACCUUUCAGCUGCAAGUUUUGUGACUUCAAAAGUGCUAGGUUAGAUACUUUGAAAGAACAUAUCAAAACACAUACUGAGGAAAAACCUUUCAGCUGCGAUAUUUGUGGCUACAAAAGUGCUAGGUUAGAUACUUUGAAAGAACAUAUCAAAACACAUACUGGGGAAAAACCUUUCAGCUGUGAUAUUUGUGACUACAAAAGUGCUUGGUUAGGUAAUUUGAAAGCACAUAUCAGAACUCAUACAGCAGAAAAACCUUUCAGCUGCGAUAUUUGUGACUACAAAAGUGCUAGGCUAGAUACUUUGAAAGAACAUAUCAAAACACAUACUGGGGAAAAACCUUUCAGCUGCAAUAUUUGUGACUACAAAAGUGGUUGUUUAGGUAAUUUAAAAUCACAUAUCAGAACUCAUAAAGCAGAAAAACCUUUCAGCUGCGAGUUUUGUGACUACAAAAGUAUUCGUUCAGGUAAUUUGAAAGAACAUAUCAGAACACAUACUGGAGAAAAACCUUUCAGCUGCGAUAUUUGUGACUACAAAAGUGCUAGGUUAGAUACUUUGAAAAAACAUAUCAAAACACAUACUGGGGAGAAACCUUUCAACUGCAAUAUUUGUGACUACAAAAGCGCUAGGUUAGAUACGUUGAAAGAACAUAUCAAAACACAUUGUGGGGAAAAACCUUUCAGCUGCAAUAUUUGUGACUACAAAAGUGCUAGGUUAGGUAAUUUGAAAGCACAUAUCAGAACUCAUACAGCAGAAAAACCUUUCAGCUGCGAGUUUUGUGACUACAAAAGUGCUUGGUUAGGUAAUUUGAAAAAACAUAUCAAAACACAUACUUGAGAAAAACCUUUCAGCUGUGAUACUUGCGACUACAAAAGUGCUAGGUUAGAUACUUUAAAAGAACAUAUCAAAACACAUACUGCAGAAAAACCUUUCAGCUGCAAUAUUUGUGACUACAAAAGUGCUAGGUUAGGUCAUUUGAAAGAACAUAUCAGAACACAUACUUUAGAAAAACCUUUCAGCUGUGAUACUUGUGACUACAAAAGUGUUCAGUUAGGUCAUUUGAAAGAACAUACCAGAACACAUACUGGAGAAAAACCUUUCAACUUCCAGCUUUGUGACUAAAAAGUGCUGAGUUUGGUAAUGUGAAAUCACAUAUUAGAACACAAGUUUGUGAAUCAACUUCUAGCUAAGAAUUUCAAAACACAAUCUGUAUUUUUAAUCACUCUAACUUAUUCAAUUCAUUGUAGCCUAUAAUUUUAGAAACAAUAGCAUAGUUAUUGGUCAAGUAAUAACAUAGUUGAAGUAGAUGCUUGCUCUCCUCAUUUUGCUGGAUCUGUGUUAAGGUUUGGUUUGCCUUAUUAUUUUUUAUAUACAAAUAUGCAAUCUAUUGAAUAUAGUAAUUGUUACAUUCAUGAACAAAACCAGAAUAAUAAUAAUCUGAUGAUUUGCUUGAAAUUUUGUACUUAGCAUUGAAAUAUUUAAAAAAGUCACAUCAAUUUCCAUUGAAGGAAAACUUUAGCUGAAAAUGUCUCACAAUAAAUUUUCUGAUCUUGGAUAGAACUCAGGCGUCUUAUCUUUAUGCAUAACUUAACAUCCAAUACAACACAUAUUUAUAUCUCAUCUGAGCCUGUGUACCAAGUUUUAGAAUUUUUGGCCAAUUGGUUCUUGAAAAAGGUGAGAAAGUGCAGAUUUUGUGUCUUGAAAAAUUGUAAAAUCUGUUCUCAAUGCGUCUCUAGAUGGCCAACUGAACAUACAAGCCAAAUUUUAACUUAUUUGGUCCAGUAGAUUUUUAGUUCUGCUGAUUAUGAAUGUAUGAGUGAGUGAGUGAAUGUAUUCCAUAUGAUAUAUGUGUCUAUAUAGUGGCAGAAUUAGUCGAUUUUAAAUUCACUGUGUUGCAAAUGGGUGCCAGCCUUGUUAAUGCAUAAAAUUCCUGAACUUAUUAUCCUCUUGUGAAUUAUCAGUACAUGUUUUUCCAUGUUAUCGAGACAAAUGCCCAAAUAUUUCAUACUGUUCUAUAUCUUGCAUUUUAUUAGUCAUCUAAUUAGUUGAUUAUACUAUUACUAGCAUACACAUUUCAAAUAUAAAUGGAAAUUAGAAAUCCAUUAACCUUUUAAAAUUGUUAAAUCAUGACAUGACAAUGAAUCAGACCUGAUAAUGUCAUUAUAUUGCUGAAAAUGCCAUGAUUGGACAAUUUCAAAAGGGUACUUUAAUUUCUAAAUUUUAUUCAUAUUUGAGAGUAGCCCUAAAGAAAAAAGACAUUCCAAUAUUAUAUUUGCUAAAGAAGGUUGAAUAGCCUUCGUUUAUUAUUUUUCAAUUGAGAGUUAUAUGACUCACAAUAUUCAUAUGGAUUGAAAAAUAACUAAGAAAUGAAAGUGUAAAGUUAGUUAUAAUAAUAUCAUGCUAUUGUUCAUAUUGUACAAACAUUCAUCAUUAACUUGUAGUCCAGGUAAUGAUAAUACUCAAAGAAGGGUAAAGAAGGAAAAGUUUGUAAGACAAUUUGUGACCGUGCAGUUCUGUUAAGGGUGGUAAGGAAGUAAACAAUUCGAAAGUCCCCAUCCCUGCCCCUUAUUUAUUUAUUUUAUUUAUUUAUUUACAAUGCAAAUAACACUUAUGUAAUAACAUUGAAAGAUAAAAUAAUAAGGCAGUCCUUGUGCUAUUUUUCUUCCAAAUUUAUAGAUGACAAAG